UGGGGCGCCCGAAGCCGGCUCCGCGGGAAAGGCCGCCAGGAGCCCGCCGCAGCGUGAGGCGCGCGUGAGGCGCGUGGGGUGCGUGAGGCGCGCGUGAGGCGCGUGGGGUGCGUGAGGCGCGGGGCGCGCGCGCCCGGCUGACGUGGCGGCUGGAACGCCGUGCGCGCGACACAGUACGCCGGAGCCCAGAGAGCGCUCUCGAAGGAUGGCACCCUCAGCGCCACGGCCUCGGCGGAUCCCCUGGGAGGAUCCUCGAAGAUGCCGUCCGGGGCCGGAAGUGGACCUCAAGUCCUUCUUGGCUUCCCGCCGCCUGGGGGCCCUGGCUGCGGGAAACGGAGACAAGUUUUCUCUCUGUGCUAUGGGAGAUGUCAAAGAAUCAGGAAUGCAGAUAACACCGGAAACUCCAGGAAGGGUCCCAGUUCUGAAUCCUUUUGAAAGUCCUGGUGAUUAUUCUAAUCUCCAUGAACAAACUCUCUCCAGUCCUUCUGUUUUUAAAUCAAGGAAAUUACCAACUCCAGGGAAAUUUAGGUGGUCUAUUGAUCAACUAGCUGUAAUAAAUCCUGUAGAAAUAGACCCAGAAGACAUUCAUCGUCAAGCUUUAUACUUAAGUCAUUCUCGAAUAGAUAAAGAUGUGGAAGACAAAAGACAAAAAGCCAUUGAAGAGUUUUUCACAAAAGAUGUCAUUGUACCCUCUCCUUGGACGGAUCAUGAAGGGAAACAGCUUUCAGAAUAUCAUUCCAGUAAAUGUAUUAACAUAACUAGUGACUCUCCAACUGGUAGAAAGCUGACCAUCCAUUCUGAGAAAAGCAACGCUGCUUGUCAGACAUUGCUGUCUCUUCCUGUGGAUUUUAAUUUAGAAAAUGUAUUAGGUGAUUAUUUUAGAGCUGAUGAAUUUUCAGAUCAGUCUCCUGGAAACCUGAGUUCUUCAUCCCUCAGAAGAAAGCUAUUUUUAGAUGGCAAUGGAAGUAUUUCUGACUCCUUACCUCCAGCUUCUCCCAGAAGUCCUUGCAGUGGUGCUCAAGCCUCACUUGAGGUUUUUUAUUCGAUAGAUUUAUCUCCUGUACGGUGUAGGAGCGCUGUGCAGACACCAAGUUCGGGGCAGUUUUCUUCCAGCCCUAUUCAGGGCAGUGCAAAAAAAUACAGCUUGGGAAGUAUAACCAGCCCUUCACCUCUUUCUUCACCCACUUUCUCACCGAUCGCAUUUCAAAUAGGAAAGACUCCACUCCCGGAACAAAGGAAGUUUACUUUUCAUUCUCCUGAUAAUUCGUCUGGAACAACAAAUUCUAAUGGAAUUACUAAUCCAUGUAUCAGAAGUCCUUAUAUAGAUGGCUGCUCACCAAUUAAGAACUGGUCUCCUAUGAGACUUGAGAUGUGUACGGGUGGUACUCCGUACCGGACCUCACUGAUUCGGAUACCUUUUGCUCUCGAGGCUCACAGUGAAGAUGAAGAAGAUCAGGUGAAUCUUCCUCCUACAGAUGCCUCGUCACCAGCCAUGGACACUGGUGGACUACACCUGCAGCAGUUGAAUAGUGACGCUUCUCCACAUGGCACACAUUUAGUAGUGACUGCCAUGUCGAUUACACAGAAUCAGUCCAGCACUUCUGAGAAAGAAUUAGCACUGUUGCAGGAUGUUGAAAGUGAGAAGGAGAACAACACUGUGGAUAUGGUUGAUCCUAUAGAAAUAGCAGAUGAGAACACUUGGAUUAAGGAGCCGGUUGAUAAUGGGAGUUUGCCCAUGACUGAUUUUGUGAGUGGGAUUGCCUUCAGUAUUGAAAACUCUCAUAUAUGCAUGUCACCUCUUGCAGAAAGCAGUGUCAUUCCUUGUGAAAGCAGUAACAUUCAGAUGGAUAGUGGCUAUAAUACACAGAAUUGUGGAAGCAAUAUUAUGGAUACAGUUGGAGCAGAUAGUGAUGCACAAACCUUAGAGGUUGAGAAUAAAUCUCAAGUUUUUAAUACAAAGGAAGAACAUGUAACACAGAGGUGUUGAAUGAAAACAGCCAAUCCUCCUCGAGGCAGAAGCCCAUACCUCUCCGAACCAAAGACCAUCGUUCAGUGGCUCCUCACAUAUUUUUUACACACAGGAUCAAC